CGUGUUUGAGCUGCUGGUGCGGUGGUCAGCGCGAUGCCCAAGGCCAAGGGCAAAACCCGGAGGCAGAAGUUUGGUUACAGUGUCAACCGAAAGCGUCUGAACCGGAAUGCUCGACGGAAGGCAGCGCCGCGGAUCGAAUGCUCCCACAUCCGACAUGCCUGGGACCACGCUAAAUCGGUGCGGCAGAACCUGGCCGAGAUGGGGUUGGCUGUGGACCCCAACAGGGCGGUGCCCCUCCGUAAGAGAAAGGCCCUUCCGAGUUUUCGACCUCCCCACAGUCAGAACGCUCAACUGACGGUGAAGGCCAUGGAGGUGGACAUAGAGGAGAGGCCUAAAGAGCUUGUACGGAAGCCCUAUGUGCUGAAUGACCUGGAGGCAGAAGCCAGCCUUCCAGAAAAGAAAGGAAAUACUCUGUCUCGGGACCUCAUUGACUAUGUACGCUACAUGGUAGAAAACCACGGGGAGGACUAUAAGGCCAUGGCCCGUGAUGAGAAGAAUUACUAUCAAGACACCCCAAAACAGAUUCGGAGUAAGAUCAACGUCUAUAAACGCUUUUACCCAGCAGAGUGGCAAGACUUCCUCGAUUCUUUGCAGAAGAGGAAGAUGGAGGUGGAGUGACUGGUUUACAUCACAGCUGCCCCAGGCUGAGGCCUCCCCCGGAGCAGUGAGGCUGGAGCCAGGGUGUAAGGCAAGGAGGUGCUGUGUGGCUCCAGAGGGGCUGGCCAGGUCCCAUGGAAUCAGAAGGUUACACACACACGUGCACACUCCCCGCUCUGGGGAAGGAACUGUUCUCAGAGGCUCCAAUUUAUAUUCAUCUGGGGGUUCACGGAAAAGCCAGAACCUGCUGUUUUCAGGGUGGGUGAUGUAAAUAUAGUGUGUACAUAAUAAAACAAAUAUAUUUUA